UAUGUACUUACUUCCUUCAAAUUGCCUUUUAAGUUUUUAUAAUAUAUGUAUUAUGAUUUAUAAUGCCAUUUUACCAUCACCCAAGAAAUUUCACGCCAUUAUUAAAAGCAGCUGAGAGAAAAGCUGUUAAAAAUGGACUACAUCACUGUAUAUUUACAUCCAGAUUCGAUCGAUACGUAGGUGACUGGAAUAACGAUUUGAAACAAGGUAAUAUAUUCAGAGAUUCGAUCAAGAACUUUCUAAGAUGUUUCACAGGUAAAGGCUUGUUCCUGACAUACACUGGAAAAUUAUACGAAGGCGAUUGGUUCAAAGGAUUUAGACACGGCUACGGUACCCUUAGCAAUAAAUUAUUAAAUGGGACAUAUAAUCUAGAAUAUAGAGGAGAGUGGGUAAGGGGUAAACCAGAAGGUGCUGGCUGGAGAUACUACGAGAAUGGUAAUGUUUACUUUGGGUUUUGGAGACGAGGCCAACGGCACGGCUACGGCAAGAUGUGGUAUGCAGAUGGAACAUUUUACGUUGGCUAUUGGAAUAUGAGUAAAAAGGAAGGACUGGGAAUGUUCGUUCAAGUUAAUGGUAACCGUUAUGAAGGAAACUGGCAUCACGAUAAGAAAAACGGUAUUGGCCGUUUCUACCACCUUCACACUGGACAGUUGCAGGAAGGAUGCUGGCAGGACAACGUUUGUGUUAUGUCUAAGAUGUCAGAUAUAGAGAUUCGACAGUUUUGUUACUUUCCAUCUGAGUAUCCUAUACCACCUGAAACUUUACUAGAGUCAAAGAAAAUACUUGAGGAUAGCGAGUUCUGGCUUAAACAACAGAUAGGGAACAUAGACAAUAAAUUAAAGAUUUGUAUUGAUAAAAUGUAAUUUAUUAAAAAAAUCUACGUCAUAUCAUAAAAUUUUUAAUAUUUUUUCAAAAAUUAUACAUUUAAAAAUCGUCUAACUUUUUCAU